UUCAAUAGGUUUUACUGGGAUUUGCUGAUGUUGCUGGUGCUGGUUACAAAUCUGAUUGUGCUUCCAGUUGCUAUUUCCUUUUUCAACGAUGAUCUGUCCACUCGUUGGAUUGCCUUCAACUGUUUGUCAGAUACACUCUUCCUCCUAGACAUUGUCGUAAACUUCAGAACGGGUAUCAUGCAACAAGAUAAUUCUGAACAAGUAAUUCUGGACCCCAAAGAAAUCGCUCGCACCUACAUCCGCACAUGGUUCUUCCUCGAUCUUCUCAGUUCCAUCCCCUUCGACUACAUUUUCCUCAUCUUCAAUCAGGGAUACGGAGACAAUUACCAAUUAUUACAUGCUGGCCGGGCAUUACGGAUACUGCGCUUUGCAAAAAUGCUCUCCCUCCUAAGGUUGCUCAGGUUAUCAAGGCUGGUGAGAUACGUCAGUCAAUGGGAAGAAGUCUAUAUGCACAACCUGGCCUCGCUCACUCAAAGCACGGGACCUUUCAGCUAUUUGUUCGAAUAUUGCGGGGAAUCGUGGGCUUUAAAGGUGGGUAAAUCAAAGGGAAGAGCUAUAUUAAUAAAGAGCUUCAAGAAAUUGGAUAUAUCUAAUGCUCAUGAAGAUUAUGGCACAUGGGAAGACAGACCAAACGGUAACAAAGACAAUGACAACGACUUGCAAGCUGUAGGAGACGACACUGACAGCAGUUCCAGCAGCAUUAAAUGA